CAAGCCAAUAUUUAUCAACACCACAGAAAUGAUCCAAUCGAUGCGACACAAGUGGCACCAAAUUGUCCACAGUUCCCCGACCUGAAGAAAAUAACUGCCGCGGAAUCGCGCCGUGAAAAUGUUGACGAUUGCCUUUCGCUAAAUAUUCAUGUGCCGUCAUUUAUACUUCAACCACAGCAGAGAACUCGCCUCUUGCCAGUGAUGGUUUUCAUUCACGGCGAAAUGUUGUUUGAUGGCAGCGCUGAGGAAGCUCAACCAGACUACUUCUUGGAACAAGAUGUGGUUUUAGUAUCAAUAAACUAUCGACUGGCGCCUUUUGGUUUCCUUACCACAUUGACGAAAGAAAUGCCGGGAAAUGUAGCACUGGCCGACAUACAUUUGGCACUGGAAUGGAUUCAGCAAUACAUACGACAUUUUGGUGGAGACCCGCUGCAAGUUACUUUAUUUGGUCAAGCCGGGGGCGCAACUUUGGUGCAUGCUCUAAGCUUUAGUAACAAGACACAAGGUCUUUUUCACAAACUCAUCCUCCAGUCAGGUACCGCCUUAAAUCCAUUAUUUUUGGAACAAGAUGCACUCUCCACAGUGCGCAGCUUUGCACGAUUAGCUCGCUGCCCUCGCGUCAGUGCGCCAGAAGUUCAAAAUCUUCAUAUCUGCUUUGAAAGACUAAGUACUACGGAAAUCUUGGAAACUAUGAGACGACAUUAUGAGGAGAAUGAGAAUCGUGGGUUACAUUUUAUGGGAGGUUUCAAACUAACAGUUGGAGACAGUCUUGGAUAUCUUCCCGUUCAUCCCGCCGCAUUAGUAUCCAAUCGCACAGUUCCAAUGAUAAUUGGAGUUGCUAAAGAUGCUGGAUCUUUCAUUUUGACCAGUUUCUAUUCUGAAUUAGCACGUAUACGUUCGAAUAACAUAUCCGACUAUAUAAAUGUUGUGUUGCGGCAUACUGCGCAGCCUCUACAUUACUUAACCUGGAAGAAUUUAGCGCUUCGGGAAAUUUUCAAUGAAGAAGACAUACGUAGUCCCAGUAUACCUGUUUUGAUCCAAGGACUAUUAGAG